AGUCUUUGCUAUUUGAUACUUCAAGCAGUUUUGAAAUACGUAUAAAAUCAUUGCAGAGGAAUGUGAGGAUGACACUAGAUGAGCAAAAUGGUCCAUAUGGAUGUGGCAAGGUGGUAACCUGAACAACAAACAAAAUGCACUUUUUAAUAUGGCAAAUGCAAAGUUAGAUAUUUAAGAACAAAAAGUGCAGGCAGGUUCCUCUGGACUGAAAGGAUGGCCAGUGGGCUUUCAAAUUGACGUGAGGUCUCAGUAUAAUAUUGUGGCGAAAGACCUAGUACAAUCUUUGAGUUGCAAACAGAGGUCUGAAAAGUGGGAGUAGGGGAGUGAUUUGUCCCUUCCUCUGAUGCUGGAGAGACAGAUGCUGCAUUACCAGAGCAUAGCUCUAGCAUGUACAUUUUUUAAGCAUUUACAAUCGCGGUUGCAUAAAGUAACCGCGCACAAAAAUUAUCCAAGAUGAAGAAAAAAACUUUAGAGACACAUUUAACAUAAAGAUUGAGUGAUCAAUCUUUAUAUCAUUAAUAUUAUGAUUAAGUAAGGCAGAGAUUUAUUGGGCAAUUUGAGAGAGGAUCUUUCUUAAUGUCCCUGCUCAGAUGAUAGCAGAUGAUGAUGCCAUAGUCUAUCCACUGAGCAGUUGUACAGCUCCUUUCAAUCCUGCCUAGUUAGUUUGGAGUUGACUUUACCCUCAGCUUAAGUUUUGCUCAAGUUUCAUUUAGAAUAAAUACUAAGAAGGCACUAAGUUCCUUCAUGUAGCCAUGAGCUGAAUAGUUACUCUCUCUGUAUUCCUCAAAAAACAGGACAAAUCACACCCCCAUCCAGAUGGCAAGGCAUGAGCAGAUGCUAAACUUCAUACUCCAACCAGUUUUCCAGGGGACAGAGAUUGGAAACACAAGAUUAGGUCAUGAAUUGAUGGAACUGGAGUGUCAGCAUAUGUAGGUGGAACAGCAGAAGAGGAAUUACUGAUCAGAGUAAUUCUCAUGCAGCAGAGAAACUCUACUCACUGUAACAGAGCCAGUGAUAUUAAGUCCUUGAGUAAAUGUCAAGAGAUGGAGCUUUUAUAGAGCUUUUAGGUCAAGGGCUUAUCAAAAAAAAAAAAAAAAAAAAAAAAAAAAAAAACUUGAGCAGUGUUUUUUUUUAAAAAAAUUAAUGUCUGAUUCUCCUGAGUUCAGGAAAACUGGACUUCACGAACAUUUUUUAAAUAAGCCUCUUUUCAAAAGUGCAAGACUCCAUUGUCAAUUCUUGUUUUUAACAGAGCUAAUUCUAGGUAGCAAGCUGGGGAAUAAAGAGUGACAGUCUCUUCCAAGAAGAAAGUGCUCGGUACCAAGCAGCUCUUUCCUGAAGAAAGAUGUAAAAGGAUCAGAUAUCUAACAGUCAAAAACAGAGAAUCAUUGAAACAAAUUCCUAGUGGAAGUAACCAGAUCUUUAUCUCUUGAUAUGUUCUGAUUGAGACCAGAUGCCUUUCCAGAAGAUACGUUUUGGUAAAAAACACAAGCUUUAGUCAAACAAACAAGAUUAGAGUUUCAGUAGCAAAUACCUGCAUAAAACUUGAAUUGUCAGUAUAUAAGAUGUCAGACUAGAUAGUGUGAUCUUAAUUGCAUGAAGGUUUGGGUUUUUUGCUAUUGACUUUCAAGUUGCAUGUAUCUAUAAGUGAAAGCUCCGUUUCCACACUGUGGAAGUGUAGCUCACCCCACUAGAACCUGCUUCAGUCUCUCUGCAGCAGGCAGUGGAGCAAGGCUGUCUGUAGCCACAGCAGUUCAUCUCCUCCUACCUCGUGUACUGUUUUCCAGCCUCUAUAAAUCAUGCACUUAUACUUUGAACUUCUUUUCAUUGCCAUGUGGAAGAUCUGCUCUGCUACUCUCAGAUCCAGCUCUAACCACCCCAGCCAAGAUAUGCAAAAAAUGCACAGUAACCAAAUCUAUUCCCCUCCAUGUGGAGAGGAUGAAACAGCAGGUGGCAGUUUCUAAUAGGCCUCAGUGGCACAAAGAAACAGAAAAUGAAAUGUCAGACUCUAGAAAAUAGUGAAUUCUAUGCAAAAAGCAUUGAAUUACGUGGCCAUUAUGGAAAAUGCGGAAUAGUGGAUCUGUGGCACCCAGCAAUAAGCAGGAGAUAAGACCAGCUACUUGUGAAAACCGCAUAGAAGAAAUCUUCAGUCAAGGUAGAAACCCUGACCUCUCCCUUCAGAGUUUUUGAAGCUUCUGAGAACCUUGAGAACAUCUGGAAAUAAAGCACAGGAACAACCAGUCUACCAGCUUCUGACAGCUAACCACCAGCCAGUGGUUCAUUGACUACUGGAAAGCCCAUGCAGAAGGUGGAUCAGCUGGAAUGUCUCUUCUUAUUUUAGUGUCCAUCUUCUUAUCAGCUGCUUUCCUCAUGUUUUUAGUAUAUAAAAAUUUUCCACAGCUUAGUGAAGAAGAAAGAGAAUGUAUAAAGGUUCCUAGAGACAUGGAUGAUGCAAAAGCCCUGGGAAAAGUCCUGUCCAAAUAUAAGGACACCUUUUACGUUCAAGUAUUAGUGGCUUAUUUUGCCACAUACGUUUUCUUGCAAACAUUUGCUAUCCCUGGGUCUAUAUUUCUUAGUAUCCUCUCAGGGUUUCUUUACCCCUUCCCUUUGGCCUUAUUUCUUGUUUGUUUGUGCUCAGGACUUGGAGCUUCGUUCUGCUAUAUGCUUUCAUACCUAGUGGGACGGCCUGUUGUAUACAGAUACUUAACAGAAAAGGCAGUGAAAUGGUCAGACCAGGUUGAAAGACACAGAGAACACCUCAUUAACUACAUAAUAUUUCUGAGAAUAACACCUUUUCUUCCUAACUGGUUCAUCAAUAUAACAUCUCCUAUAAUAAAUGUACCGUUGAAAGUAUUUUUCAUUGGCACUUUUUUAGGUGUGGCACCACCAUCUUUUGUAGCAAUUAAAGCAGGAACAACACUGUACCAACUUACAACAGCAGGGGAAGCUGUUUCCUGGAACUCUGUGUUUGUCCUUAUGAUCUUAGCCAUCCUCUCCAUCUUACCAGCUGUCUUCCAGAAGAAACUGAAACAGAAAUUUGAAUAAGGAUCAGACUAGAUCACAAUUUCCCAUACUUCAUCUCAGGAUCAGCACUUCUAAUAUUUGUAUGUUUGCUUUUCUAUUAGAUCUUCAGCAAUUAAAAGGGAGGCUUGUAAUGGAUAAGAAUGUCUUUAAAUGAACACGUGGCCUAAAAUUGAAGAAACUGUGUUCAAAAAUGUACUACACAUAGUUUUGUAAUCAAACUGUCAGUGUUUUACUUUGGAGAAAGGGGCAGGAUGAGGGAAAGGAAGACAUAUUUUGCUCUAAUUAUGUGCAGAGCAAAAAUGCUGAUGUAGACAUGAACUACAAAUACUACUUUCUAAAACUUACAGGAAAAAAAAAACUUGUACUCAAGUAUUCAGUCCAGUUUUGUAACACUACAUGUCUCUGUAGACUUGCAUGUUAUCUGGUCUGAGUACAUUUCUCAUGAAAAAUAUUUCUCUUGUUUUGCCUUUGGUAGUUCCAGGAAAAAUAGCAUAAUACAAUAACAAUGCUCACUGAGAAACAAAGAUUUUUUCCAUGAGCAGUACUUUAACUUUAGUGAUACUCUUACCAUCCUGAUUGUUUUGUUUCUAUUUAUUAGUACGAUGUGGAUUUAAAUACUUGAACCUACAUCUGCUUUACUAACUGGAUUGACAAAGGAGUGUCAAAUCAUUCCUCCUUGUCCUCUGGUAAAUUUUUAUCCUCGGAGAAGAUGUAGGAGGGAAAAGAGCGGGCUAAAAUUUGAUCCUGUCUGGCUGAUGAAUUUUUAAGUUCUAAUAUUGCUUAAAUUUUUGUUGAUUAUUUUUCCAGUAUUUUACUUGCAUAGAUUUUUUUUUCUGCCAAUUUAAGACAGUUAUUACACUAAAAACUUCAGUUCUCAACCAAUUUAAACAUGUAUAACUUUAAGCAGCUAUUUAUUACAAUUCCUCAAACAAUAUGUAAAGUGGAUACAAGCUUCCAUUGCAGCUCAAUUGGCCAGAAGAAAUAUCUGGUACACAGAUUAGUACAGUUCUUGUUAAAGAACUGAUUCUACAUACUGUUCAAUGAAUCAGGUAACAAAAAUCUAAUAUGUCAGUGUAUAUAAAUUUAAAAAGAUUAUUCUCUUUUCUGAUGACAGUAACUGGUGAUAAGCAGUUGGCUAUGAUUCACUUUUAAGUUUAAAAAAUAUAUAUAUAUAUUCACUAAAUAGGGUAUAUGAUACCCACCCCUUGUAUGGUUAUAACUGUUGCAGUCUGUUGUAUUGUCAGUGGCGUCCCAUAAAAUUAGGUCCUGAUCAGUGAAGAACUUGGGUACGUGUUUUUUAUCCUACUGAAACCAAUGCUGCUUAUACACUUUUAGGUUUCUAUGCCACUGAAGUGUCUUUCAGAAAUGGGAGUUGACACAUUAGCAUAUGCUCCAAUUCAAUGGUUUACUUGUUUAUAUCCUUAUAUUAACUCAUCAUAUGAUGGAUCAUUUUAGAUGUAAGAGAACAGUUGCAUAAAUGUGAUAAUGUGAAAGGUACUGGUACCUUAAAGAGAUUUUUCUUUUUCUUUUGUAAUGUAAUGUUCAUUGAUUUCUUCAUUUUAUCACAGUAUUACAUGUAAAUAUAUAGUAAAUAUUGUUGAUAUGCUAUUUUUGUCUAUUAUUUAAAUCUGGGCUGCACAUUAAAUGGUAUUUUUUUAUGUUGGUAGAUAAAGGAACUCAUAUAAUUUACCUCUGUUUACAAGUUUAUUGUAAGAGCACAUAAUUUCAGGAAUUGGUUUCUUAUUUAAAAUUGACUCUAAACCUGUAUUUUAUUGGCAUUUAAAACUGGACAGUGAUCAUUUUUAUUGCUGUAAUUCUAAUCUUAGAGCUCAUCUAUCUGUGGAAUUUACUCCAUACUAGACUAGGUUAUGAAUUUAGCUGUUGAGAGCUAUGUAUUCACUGGAUUGAGUGAGAAGUAGCUGUAGAUUUAUUCACAGCCUACUUCUCAACAGAAUAAAUUGCACUCUUACUACUGUACUGAAGUCCAGUAGCUAUUCUCAAAAAUUCUCACCUGAUUUUCAGUAAAUAAUAAAUGCUGUUGUAAAAUCUGUUUGGUGCAACCUUGGCAUUAAAGAAGGAAGUGAAUUAUGUUUUGAUUUCACAUAAAUCAUGCUAUCAGUUCAGAUCUUCCUUUAGUUUUAUUUCACUGUGUGGAUGGGACCAGGAUAUGUUACAGAAAAAUGUUCUGUAUCAGCCAUAGUUGGUCAGACUAGUUUCCCAACAUAGUGGCUUUUAAUGUCACAAAUAAGAUUAUUUUCUUUUGCAAAAUCCUAGGGGGGCAUUUUGUGUUUUUGUAUUUUUUUCUUAUCUCUCUCUCUCUCUCUCUCUCUCUCUCUCUCUCUCUCUCUCUCUCUCUCUCUCUGCUUUCUGAUAAGAAAACCAUGUCUACCAUGAAGUAAACAGGAAAAUGAGGAAUAUGUAGCUUUUUCUUAAUUGCAAGGAACUUUGAGGUAUUAGGUGACCUAUUCAUCUUUUAGAAUUUUUUUAAGUGAUAACUGCAUAGCAUCAUUACUACAUAUCUUUUACCAAUUGAUAAUAAAGCUAUUAUAUAAAACCUGAAA